UAAACCCUGGAGAAUGUAUAGAGAGCAUAGAGGAGAAGAGUAUGGUCUGCUUACACAUGAAGGAGAAGAAUGGCAUAACAUGAGAAAAAUUGUGCAAGCUCACCUCAUGAAACCUAAAGAAAUAUCAAAAAUGGAUGUAAAGAUUAAUGAGGUACUGGAAGAUUUUAUUAAGUACAUUAGCCAAAUAUGUGACCAAGAUGGGAAAAUUGAUGAUUUGUACCUUGAACUAAACAAGCUUUCAUAUGAAAUAAUUUGUUCAGUCUUGUACAAUGAGAGAUGUGGACUUCUCCAAGAAUCCUGUACAGAAGAUGCCUUGACUUACAUACAAUCAGUAAAAAAGAUGAUGCAGUAUUUAGGCCCUCUGAUUGUAACCUCAGCAGAUCUUCACAAACAAUUUAACACAAAAUCAUGGCAAAAACAUACAGAAGCUUGGGAUUAUAUAUUUUCAACAGCAACAUACUUUAUUAAUAAGAGAUUAAAAUCCAGCCCUGCAUGGAAUAAUGAUUUACUUAACACAAUAUCUUCCAAUCAUCCUCUCACCAAGAAACAGCUGUCUGGUCUUUUUACCGAACUGCAGAUUGGAGGUGUAGAAACUACAGCAAAUGCUCUAUUAUGGUUGAUAUACAAUUUAUCAAGGCACAGUAAAGUGCAGGAAAAAGUUCUAGCUGAAAUCCGGACUAUAUUACCACCAGGACAGUCACCAUCUGCUGAUCAUUUGCAAAAUAUGCCAUAUCUAAAGGCUUGCAUUAAAGAAUCUAUGAGAUUAACACCUACAGUGCCUUUUACCAGUCGCACAAUGGAGGAAGACACAAAUAUUGGUGGAUAUUUGAUUCCAGGAGGUGUUACAGCAAUGAUUAACUUUCACACAAUGACAUGGAAUGAAGAUUACUUUCCUGAUGCUCGAGAAUACAAACCUGAGAGGUGGUUGAAGCCAAGAGCUUCAGUUAACCCUUUCUCAAGCACUCCUUUUGGUGUUGGAAAAAGAAUGUGUGUAGGAAGACGUUUGGCAGAGUUGCAGCUUCAGUUGGCUUUGUGUUGGAUAAUCCAAAACUUUUACAUAUGUGCUACCGACAAUGAACCUUGCAAAGCCAUCAUCUCAGGGCUCAUGAUUCCAUCACGUCAACUGCCUGUAUCUUUGAAGAAGAGAUAGAUGCUCUCACAGUUCAUAUUUUAUUGAUA